GGUACACAAUACGAACCAUUAAAGUUUAAACGAUUGAUUAAAAAUAAUAAAGCAUUCUAAAACAAUGUCCGGAAGAAAAUUGUUCUUAUUUGCCGCGAGAAGAGACAUUACACGAGAUGGUACAUGCCUGAUUCUCGCAGAUCCAAAAUCAGGAACUCGUCAUUUCGAAAGUGAGAGUGAUCUUAGAAUCAGCGGAAUUCAACUCGGAGAUUUUGUUCAUGUAAAUGUAGAUCCUGCUGGAAGACUUUACAACUUCUGCAAGACCAAACAUACUGCAAACAUAGAAGUUGAAACUGAAGGGAACGUGGCAUAUAUUCUGAACGUCUAUGCCAAAUUAUCAGUAAGUGUUGGAAAACUGAUAUUUCACAAUAAUCUUUUUGGUGAUGCAAUCUGCCGGGAAUCGUUGCUUCUGGGAGAUUUUAGAAUUCGAGUCAAUUUACUUGCCUCACCUUUGGAAAUUUCCAAUGAGCGGAAAUUACAUUUCGAAGCUUCUCGUGCUGAACUUAUAAAGCCCUAUUCAAUGGAACUUAGUAGAACAGACCAAUCUGAUCGAAUGGACUCAGGAUAUUCAUCAGUUUCAAGAGAAUCGCCGCAUCAAUUAGAUCAAACUGUCGGUAGGGGGUUUUCGACAGCUUUCGAAAAUGGAGGAAAAAUUAUUGGAAGAGGAUUUCAAUCCGUCAAGCAAAACCCGGAUAUUAUCAAACAAAGAGCUGUAGUUUUGAGUAGUGUUGAAAAACCAAUUGGAACUCAUUACUAUUUAUGGAAUGUGGACUCCAAAACAGAGAGUCUGUUUGUCUCCAACAAACACCACUUAGAACAGGGUCACUUUUUUGAUGGGAACUUCAAGAAAAAUGCUGAUGGAACCAGAUGGACGUGCCAAAACUACGGACAACCCGUCGAGCAAUUGGCUGAAGGGGGAAUCAAUCAACGGGGAAAAAUAUUCUUCACUGUGAAAAUUGAGAACUUUCAACCAGCAAGAGGAAAUCGAAAGUACGGCAGCGCUUUUAAUAAAUAUUUUGGAGAAAUUUUAGAAGGAGAUUCUGAAAAUACAAAGUUAUCAACCGAUCAUAACGGAAAAAUGGUACAUAUCGAACGUCGUGGAAUCGGAGAAAAAGAUUAUGUUUGGAUGGUUACUCAAGUUUUAUAAAUGGGGCAUUGCUGAAAAAUUUAAAGAACCAUGUUGAAGUCAAUUUAACAAUCGUAUAUUCAUAUUACUAUUAUGUUACUGAUUCUAUUACUAAUUUGUUAAUACAUACAUUAAAAUUGUCACUUACUCUCUAAGUAGCAUGUUCUUACUUGGCUCACUAAUGAGGGCUCAAAUUGUUUCAUUAAUUUUUUAGUUGGUAACAUAUUUUGUGUUGCACUGUUUUGUUUGCAUCUUUUGUGUGAAUGCAUUACUUAAAGCCAUUGAAGUUUAAUAAAUCUUUUUUUU